UUGCAGUAACAAGCCGAAGACAUGGAGCAAAAUGAAGUUUCACGUAGUUCCAACCAGUAAUACGGACAGGAUGAAACAAUGGCUAUUUUUUGCUGGACAUUGACCCCAACACGCCUGUGGAAACGGUCCUGAAAAUGUCUGUGUGCUCCUGCCAUUUUUUUACCGGAGGACUAUGCUGAAAGGAUGGAACACAGAAGCUCAGGAAUGGUUCAAACGCUUUUCUUCAAAGAUACUGUCAUACCAUCUGUCGACAUCACAAAACGAGCAGACGUGCUGUCACUUUGACUAAUAGGAACACAGAGUGAUCUGCUGCUGGUGACAACUGUAUGGCAACAACUCCUUUUUGAUAUUUCCUCUUGGGACUACCACACAGAGUGAAAAAGAAAAAAUGCUGGCGUGAAAUAGCGACACAUAAGCAAACAGCUGGAGGAGAGAGGACUGCACUGGGCAUACACUGCAUACUGGAGAUAAAAUGACAUCCAUCCCGGCCUGCCUAAAAAUGGACCUAGGAGAAGGAUGACCUUCGUGGCUGUUUGACCUCCACAGUGGCCCCAUGCUGCUACGCUGUCCCACUUACAAAUUCCUGCUGGACUCCUGUCAACAAUCCAACUAAAUAAUCGGCUAUCAAAUCUCUGAUGUUUGUUCCCAAGUUGGACCUCGUGCCCACGCUGAAGAGAGGCUGCUCCAGGAUCUGUUCGCACAUUACAAUAAGCUCUCCCGGCCUGUGGAAAACACUUCAGACACAGUGCUAGUCCACUUUGGCCUGUCUAUUGCCCAGCUUAUCGAUGUGGAUGAGAAGAACCAGAUGAUGACCACAAACGUAUGGGUCAAGCAAGAAUGGAACGAUUACAAACUCCGCUGGAACCCGGAGGAAUAUGAAAAUGUCACCUCCAUUCGUAUUCCCUCAGAGAUCAUCUGGAGGCCCGACAUUGUCCUGUACAACAACGCUGAUGGCGACUUUGCCGUAACUCACCUCACAAAGGCACACCUGUUUCAUGAUGGUCGGAUAAAGUGGAUGCCACCGGCCAUUUACAAGUCUUCAUGCAGCAUAGAUGUCACCUUUUUCCCUUUUGACCAGCAAAGCUGUAAAAUGAAGUUUGGCUCGUGGACCUAUGACCGCGCCAAGAUUGAUCUGAUCAGCAUGGCCAGCGAUGUGGAUCAGAUGGACUACUGGGAGAGCGGCGAGUGGGUGAUUGUCAAUGCAGUGGGCAAGUACAAUACCAAAAAGUACGAGUGCUGCACGGAGAUCUACGCAGACAUCACUUACUACUUCAUCAUCCGGAGGCUGCCGUUGUUCUACACCAUUAACCUCAUCAUCCCCUGUCUUCUUAUCUCCUGUUUGACUGUUCUUGUGUUUUAUUUGCCAUCGCAAUGUGGAGAGAAGAUCACCUUAUGUAUCUCAGUGUUACUGUCCCUUACAGUCUUCCUCCUGCUGAUCACAGAGAUUAUACCAUCCACAUCGCUGGUGAUUCCACUGAUCGGUGAAUACCUGCUGUUCACCAUGGUCUUUGUCACGCUCUCCAUCAUAAUUACUGUGUUUGUGUUAAACGUACAUCACCGUUCACCACAAACCCAUGGCAUGCCUCACUGGGUGCGGAGAGUGUUCUUGGACAUGGUGCCUCGAGUCCUUUUCAUGAAGCGUCCGCCAGGCACAGCCAAGCAGCACUGCAAGAAGCUCAUUGAGAUGAUGCACCGUCCCCCCACCAUAUCUGCAACAGGCAACUCACAGGCCUUUUGGACAGGUUUAGAGACAGGGUUGAGACAAACAGCCCAGAUAGAGAAAAAACUCCCAAAGACUCCAUCUGACAGUCCCAGCAUCCUUGUCUGCUCACCCUCUCCACCCUCUUCCCCUCUUGAGGACCACAACAAGGAUGAUCACCCACCAAAAGCCAACAUGUUUUGCCAGUCCACAACUGGCCAGUAUUCAGUUCUCUCCGAGAAACAAUCCCUCCGAGGACACAACUCUGCGGCCUCAUCUUCUUCCCAACUGUCCUUGCCUCCAACUUUGCCACUGGGCCCACUACGCAGCCUAUCCAGGGAAGAACCAAAUACGCUGGCCCCAAAUGGCCGCUCCCACAGUGAAGAACAAGUGUGUGACCAACAGAAGGAGCUUCUCCAGAAAGCUGGGCAUCGGUGUCGCUCCCGCAGCUUUCAGUACUGCUGUCUGCACGAUGAAGGGCCUGGGCUCUUGGCAAUCGCAGGGUGGAUGAAGAAACAAACUUCUACAGAUAACCUAGCAGAAACCCUCACCGCAGAGUCCACUAAAGAUGCAAGUACCCAACAGGACAACAUGGUUCCAACUAUUUCUCCAGCUAUGCAACGGGCCAUAGAGGGAGUUCAGUACGUCGCUGAUCAUCUCAGGGCAGAGGAUGCAGAUUUUUCGGUGAAGGAGGACUGGAAGUAUGUGGCCAUGGUCAUUGACAGGAUAUUCCUCUGGAUGUUUGUGAUGGUGUGUAUACUGGGAUCUGUGGGACUCUUUCUCCCUCCCUGGCUGGCUGGAAUGAUCUAGGAACAGGUGUCUGAGAACACUGACAGGAGACAUGUUGUUGUAUGUUGGAAAAAAAAGGAAGAGAAAAGACUUGUUUAUCACUUAUCUUUUUAUUUUAUAUUUUCCAAAGCAACUCCUUGGUUUUGCCCCAGGUUAUCUAAAGGUUACUCAUGGAGAAACGAGAUGAAAUAUCUCUCAUUGAUUCCAGUGGGCAUAUAAAUUCUUUAUGAGGGCAAAAGGCCAACAGCGAAAAUACCUUUCCACACCACUCUAUUUUGACAUUGAACUGUAAAGCUCAUUCUUCACCUUUAUAAAAAAAAAAAAACUAAGAAGAAUAGAGUUUAACCCAUUUUCAACUGCAAAACACAAAAAAGACUCAGGAAAAGAUUUUUUUUUCUGAGAAAGUAAAGGUGUUUAUGAGACUGUAUAAGGCUUGGUUUACAUCUCAAUAUUAAAAUAUUCAAGUUUCAGUGCAACCUGAUUCGUCAGAAUGCAGUAAAGGAUUUCCGGGAAGGUGUGUGUGUGUGUGUGUGUGUGUGGGAGCGUGGGUGCGUGGGUGUGUGAAUCGUCACUGCUUAGGUUAGCACACAUUCAGCUCUUUGAUUUUCUAGCCCUACCAGUUAAAUAAACAUAUCUAUUCAAUAUUUCUUUUGUUAUUACCACAGCUCUUUGGUGUGAACGGGGGGGAUUCAAAGCCACUCUCUCCAGUCAUGCAAAGCCCUCCUUUCCCUCAACCGCGGCCACAUAAAAAAAAAUCAAGGGCUUGUCUACUGAAGAAGUAGAUUGGGAGUUGAAUGACUGGCCUGAUUUUCAAUUUCCAUUUUUUUUUUUUUUUUGUCAAGCAUGAUUUUCCAGCCCAUGAUCCUUCAUUCUAGGCAUUGAUAUUUUAAAGUUUAAGGUAAAUAUCAAUAAAUAA